UGGCCUAUUCUGUCAGAGUCCCUCAUGGCCCCUAGGAUCGGCUAAUCACACCUGCAGACCUGUUCAUAGUUCAUAGACAAUCAUAGUUCAUACUCUAGCUAGCUCUUCAGUUUACUGCUCAAUGAUUUGACUCUACUUCUGGGAUAGCUUCGACAGGUGGAAACAACAGUUGAACCUCCAUGAAGCGCGGUUUCCUGCAAAGAGAAGUCUUUCAUAUAUACAUAACUCGAAGAUCAAGUAAUUGACGACGAUGGAGUUACAUGUAGCUCAGACGCGUAUCAUAUCGACAUAUGGCAUACAAAUAAGCCAAUGGAACAAAGGCUGUUUCGAGAUUUUGCCUGUGAAGUUAACCAUCCAUGGGGAGAAAGGAAAUGUAGUCGCCCACCACUACAGUAAUUGGGCGUAGGCCACUCCCAAUGUGCCCUACAAUAUUUCUCCAUCACUCGGUAUCUCAUAAUACACCCACACUAAGAGAGGCUCCCCUUUUCUCAAUAGGACAAGAUAACUAAUUUUGAUAGUACAAUUAGUGAGAAAUUUCCAUCCCUGCGUUUAUGUUGCUAGUUUGUCAUGGUACAUUCACAGUUAGCAAACUUUAAGAGACAAAGGAAGAUACCCAAGAAAGGUCAAGCCUAAAGGUAAAAGUCUCAAUUCCCUUUAACCCCUUUUUAUAGUUUCCCUCUCUUAGCCUUCCAUCCAAUGAAAGUUCACGUUUUGCCCUUAAAGUUUGUAACUUUAUGUACAUCAACCAUGUUGUUCAUCUAAAUUCAAUAGGUUUUCCGUCCUUCAUUACUUCUACACAAUCUACAUUAAAAGAAAAUGAAAGAAUUGCUACAAAUUUACGGGAUACGAGUUGAUCACCUUAAAGUCAUUGUCGUUUCUCAGACACCAUUAAGUCAAUAGUCUAAUGACUAAAGUAUCUGAUUCAAAUGUGCAUUCUAGCAAUCACAAAAUUUCUACUCAUCACCAUUUUCUGAAAUUUUGUAGAGAGAAGGAAGAGAGUGUGUACCGUGUAGGUGAAGGCUGUUAAAUACCAGCUAACCUAGUACGAACUUUUUAGCUCGCCGACACCGUCCUCUUCUAACCUCUAACCUCUUUCUGCCAUCUCUGCCGUCCCCUUUUUCUCCCUUCAUUGAUCAUCAUUCAACAUCGUCAUCAUAAUCCUAACCUCCCCAGCUUUGCCUUUCUAUAAUUACCUUCCCUUUGUCUACUCUCUCUUCCUGUGUAUUACUGUACUUUGAACAGCCAGCCAGCCUUCCCCAUUCUCUGUGAAACUCUGAACUUCCCUGUACUUUCCUGUCACAAAACUGAAACCUUCCAUUCACCUGUUCUCUCCCCCUUAAACCCACCAACAAAAUCACAGCCCAAUGGUGCAAUCAAGGAAGUUCAGAGGCGUCAGGCAGCGUCAUUGGGGCUCUUGGGUCUCCGAAAUUCGACACCCUUUACUGUAAGCGACAUUUCGUCAAACACUAUGCGUGCAUUUGUUAUCACGCUCCAUUCACAUUGCCCCUAAAUUAACCAAUUCUGGCAGGAAACGGAGGAUCUGGCUGGGGACAUUCGAGACAGCGGAGGAAGCUGCGAGAGCAUACGACCAAGCCGCAAUCCUGAUGAGCGGCCGGAACGCCAAGACCAACUUCCCCGUCACCCAAUCCACCACCGACGGCGAAACCAAACCCACCUCCUCCUCCUCCUCGUCUUCAUCAUCCCCAUCAGCCCCAAUAAAAAAUGGGCUGUCGGAAAUUCUACACGCCAAGCUCCGCAAGUGCAGCAAGACGCCGUCGCCGUCGAUGACCUGCCUGAGGCUCGACACCGAGAAUUCCCACAUCGGGGUCUGGCAGAAACGCGCGGGGCAGCGGUCCGAUUCCAAUUGGGUCAUGACCGUGCAGCUCGGCAACCGAUCGUCAGCUUCAAACAAUACCCACCCGGAAAAACAAGCUACUGACGAUCCAAUCGGCAACAACAACAAUUCGGAAACAGCGGCGGCAGAGCCGGUGCCGGCAAUCAGGAAGGAAAUUGAGGAAGAGGAGAGAAUCGCGCUGCAGAUGAUCGAGGAGCUGCUGAAUCGUAAUUGCCCCAGUCCAAGUGUGAAUCCGAGUAAUGGGUUUGGAAUCGAAGGAGCGGCGGAAGCAGGGGAGGAGAGUGGCAGUGGGGAGCUGAGUGAGCUGCUUCAGGGGAGCUUUUUCAUUUGAGGAAGAAGAAGAAGAAAAAAAAACAGAGUGGGUGUCUCUAUCAUGUGAUAUCUGUUGUCUUACUCUUUUCACUUUAAAAGUUUCUUUUUCUUCUUUAUUUAAUUUGUCAAUUAAUUAUUAGAUGUGAUAUUUCAUAUUUGUAUAGGGAUUGGAAAUUUGCAAGUGAAUUUCCUUUAAUAUGUUUCUUUUCAUGAUUAUAUGUUGCCAAAUGUAAGGAGGAAAUGCAAAUUGGGGUAUUAUAGGGGAAAAUAUAGUAUCCAAGAUAGGGAAACAAUAAUACAAAUGUAAUUUUUAAAAAGAAGAUAGUAAUAAUAUCAAUGGAGUAUUUUUUUUUAUAAUGGUGAAAUAGGAUUAAUAAACAGAAUUAAAACACAAUAAAAAUACAACGGAAGAAAGAAACAGAAAAGGAGAGCGACGGGAAGGAACAAGAGCCACCGGCCAAAAGAGCACGGAGGAAACGUUCCGACCACAACAAAGCAGAAACAAAUAAGCACGAACAGGGGUCAAACAGCGACCCGCAGAAAAAGGUUUAAUUUGGAGGUGACGAGGUAGACUAAUCCAGGCUGCGCGAUGGAAAAAUAUAUGAUUUAAGCUGAUGGAACCAAGCUUCCGCAACAGGCCUUUCCACUUUAUUUUAUCAAUGGAGUAUUUUCAUUCCUACUAGUUUCAUCAUGAAGAGCUCCGUUUAUGUAUUUUUACAUGUGAUAUGUCGAUGUUUUUCUCGAUUGACUUGUUUUGUGUUUGACACAAAGUAUUGUUUUUAACGAGUUUUACAUUAAGUAUUGAAAUUUUAACGAAUAUUAUUUUAUAAGGGCGAAAUAGGUUUGUUUUUAAUGUUACUAUGACCAAGUCUUUGUUCGCAAAAUUUUAAUGGAUAUAUCCUACAAAUUUAGUUUCAAAUGGAAUUAAUUAGUUUGGAUGAAAAUAUCGUUUAUUUAAGUAUUUGAUAAAUUAGGAUGUUUUUAGGUCUCUGAAAUUCUUGUUGAUAUGAAAAAAGGUUAGGAUGAUGUAUUUGGCAUCUAGUUUCUGAAAAAUAUAGGGCCAUAUUUAGAUAAAUCAAGUUUGGCGGUGUAUGGCAGAGAAGCUAUAGUUCUUCCUCAACUCUCAAAUCAUGUAAAAUUUUUAGUGUAGUUUUCAAUCCCUUGGUUCAAAUUUUCUAAACAUAGAUUUUUAGCCCCUGAUUCAAAUUUAUGCUAACGAUAAAGUUAACUAUCUAGAUAACGAUAGUGAGGGAAAAUGUGUAUAAAAAGUGGGUGCAUGUAUACACAUGGCUGACAACUAGGUUUGCAAAUGAGCCGAGUCGAUCUGAGUUUUGUCUGACUUGGACUCAGCUAAUUAAUAAACGAGUCGAAUUCGAGCCUGACUCGUUUAUUAGCAAGUCCAGUCGAGCUCGAUUCUCGCUCAUUCAUAUACUAUGUUGAUAUCAUAUUAAUUAGUUCAAAAUUUUUUAACUAGUUCAUGUUAUUUCAUAGUAAUUAGUUUCUAAACGAUAUAUGAUAUACAAUUUCUUUAUUUAAAUUAUAAAUGAUACAUAUGUGUUCAUAUACCAAAAGUCUUGAUCAUUUGUUUUGAUAUAUAUAACUUAACAAACCUAUGAAAUUAUC